AUGGCGCCAUCAUCGCCAUCGAGAGGCCCAGCACGAUGGCUGGCCACUCUUGUCGCUUCCGCGCGGACGCUCGCUUACGACCUGAUGCUGUUCUACAAAGGAAACCAAUCCGGUGAAAUCCCGGGCAUUCUGCCAGGCCCGCCGACCGAGCACAAGGGCGACUACUACUGGUGGGAGGGAGGUGCCAUGAUGGGCACUUAUAUCGACUACUGGUUUCUGACUGGCGACACGAGUUACAAUCAUGUCAUCGAAGAAGGCAUGUUGCACCAGACUGGUCCAAAUUAUGAUUACAUGCCGCCCAACCAUACGGCAUCUCUCGGCAACGACGAUCAAGGCUUUUGGGGCAUGUCAGCCAUGCUCGCGGCCGAGAACAAGUUCCCCAACCCGCCCGAGGACAAGCCACAAUGGCUCGCCCUGGCCCAGGGCGUUUUCCACACCCAAGCGAGCCCCGAACGACACGACAACACAUGUAAUGGGGGCCUUCGCUGGCAGGUGCCCCCCACCAAUGCAGGGUACAACUACAAGAACACCAUCGCCAAUGCCUGCUUCUUCAACCUCGGUGCCCGCCUCGCACGCUACACCUCCAACGCAACAUACGCCGAAUGGGCUACCAAGACGUUCGAGUGGCUGUGGAAUGUGCAAUACAUCGAUCACAAGGACUGGCGCGUUUACGACGGCGGCCACGUCGAGCAUAACUGCACCGACAUCAACAAGGCCCAGUUCAGCUACAACGCGGGCCUGCUUCUGCAAGGCGCGGCCUUCAUGUACAACUACACGAACGGCAGCACCGUCUGGGAGGACCGUGUCGAUAACCUGCUCAAGGGCAUUAAGCGCGACUUUUUCGAGAACGAUAUCGCCUUCGAGCUGCCCUGUGAAGGCCGCAGGGGCUGCACGCCCGACAUGUUGACUUUCAAGGGCUACGUUCACCGCUGGUUGUCCGUUGUGACCAAGCUGGCGCCGAAAACGGCCGACAUCAUCCUGCCCAUGCUGCGGACAUCGGCUGAAGCGGCCGCCAGGCAGUGCACGGGCGGCGAGACCGGCCGCCGCUGCGGCUUCUACUGGGCCGAGGGUGUCUACGUGGACCCGGCUGUCGACAAGACCAGCGGCGCUGGCGAGGCCAUGAACGUCCUUGCCGCCGUGUCGAGUCUGCUCAUCACCGAAGCCCCGCCCCCUGCCACUAAUGCGACGGGUAUCAGCAAGGGCGACAACAACGCCGGCAGCCGGAGUCGUGGUGCGUCGGAGCCGUUGGAGCCCAUUACUACGGCUGAUCGGGCCGGUGCCAGCAUCUUGACCAUGCUGAUCUUGGCUGGCUUUAUCGGCACCUGGGGCUGGAUGAGCAUUGGUGAUUAA